AGGGCCGGGACGAGUGAACGGAGCUGAACAGCUGCACAAAGGAAACAAAAAGGAAGCUAGUGUGUUGUUGUCAGCCCGCCUGGGAGGCUCGGCUGGGGGGUAAAAAGCACAGGUCAACGGGGUUUACAUUUGUUUGAGGCAAGGAUAGCUUUCAAGGGACCUGUCCUCUAAACGACCACUUGAGUUAAAAACCACUUGAGUCGCCAUGACCAGACCACUUGGAUUACUUGUGCUCCUGUCUGCUCUCUGCUGCUGCCUAGCGGAAAAUGUGGAGCUGCUCCGCACUAAGAGAGGGACUCGUUUUUAUAGAGGUGAGCCUGACAGGCAGCCAGCUAGACGGACGCUUUUGAUAAUUCAUGUCCAGAAGUCUUCACCUUCCUUUGAAACGUCCUUACAUUGUACGGAUAGUGAGACAUCAGCAGUGCGUAGUUUUGGGGACACUUGGCUGCAGUGGAGGGGACAGCGUGUGGAGUAUUGCCAUUGUGCAUCAAGAGGACGAGAGCGUUGUCAUAUUGUGCCCGUCAUCAACUGCUACGUGUCUCAGUGCUAUAACGGAGGGACCUGUAAGGAGGCGGUGUACACUUCAGACUACAUCUGUCAGUGUCCCCCCGGCUUCAGUGGGUCUCAGUGUGAGAUCAACACCAAUGAGCAGUGUGUAGUCGGGCAAGGCGAAGGCUACCGCGGCACGUGGAGUAUCAGCAAUUCGGGGGCAGAGUGCAUCAACUGGAACUCUACGUCUCUGAGAGGAAGGAGGUUCACGGCUCGGAAAGUGGACGCCAACAGUCUUGGACUGGGCAAUCACAACUUCUGCAGGAACCCUGACAAUGACAGCACUCCUUGGUGUUACAUCUAUAGAGGCACUCAGAUCGUCUGGGAAUUCUGUAACCUGCCCAAAUGUCCAGAAGAUAAGAACCAAGAAUGCGCGCAGGCCUCCGGUCAGUCUUACAGAGGCACGACAUCCGUCACCAAGAGCGGCUCACGCUGUCUCCCGUGGGACACCCCUGUUCUUAAGCGCAAACUCUACAACGCUUGGAGAUCUGAUGCAUUGGAGCAGGGGCUGGGCAGCCACAGCUUCUGCAGGAAUCCGGAUGGUGAUGAAGGCCCAUGGUGUCACACCUACAAGAACAUGCAGCUGACCUGGGAGCUGUGUGACAUUCCUCGAUGCUCGAGGGGCCCGGCCAUCAUCACCACUUUGGGCCCACGUGCUCCAACCACCAACAACAGAGCAACAUGUGGCCAGCGGUUAGACAACACCCUGAAUCAGCCGGCGUUCCGCAUGUUCGGGGGCAGAGAGAGCAACAUUACAGAGCAGCCGUGGCAGGCGGUCAUUAAUGUGUACCAGUCCCGUCUCAAGAAACACUUUCACCGAUGUGGAGGCGUCCUCAUUGACUCCUGUUGGGUCCUGUCUGCGGCACACUGCUUCGAGGACAACGAUAAAGUCGAAAAAUUGGAAGUGAUUUUGGGAAGAACGUUUCGCAAACAGAGUUCAAGCAGCGAGCAGAUUUUCAAGGUUGAGAAGUACUGGAUCCAUGAGAAAUUUGACAAAGAAACAUUUGACAAUGACAUUGCCCUUUUGAAGCUAAAGACGGACAUUGGCAUCUGUGCUAUAAACUCUCCGGAGGUUUUUCCUGUGUGUCUGCCUGAACGUGGGCUGGUGCUGCCCGACUGGACCGAGUGUGAGAUCUCAGGCUAUGGAAAAAACUCUGAAUUUUCUGCAGAGUACUCCGAGCGUGUUAAGAGAGGUUAUGUUCGCCUCUGGCCCUCAGAGCGCUGCAUCCCAGAUGUGCUGUCUGGACGCCCAGUUACCUCAAACAUGCUGUGUGCAGGUGACACCCGAGGACUGGACGAUGCCUGCAAGGGAGACUCUGGUGGUCCGCUCGUCUGCAGAAACAAGGACCAGAUGACUCUGAUGGGUGUGAUCAGCUGGGGCGAUGGGUGCGGUCGGAAGGACAAGCCUGGGGUCUACACCCGUGUCACCCAUUACAUCGACUGGAUCGAUGGCAAAAUUAAGGCGAGCCCGGUCUAAAGUAGAGACUGCAAGGAAGACGUUGUCAGACGACCGUACCCACAGACACAGUGGGUGAAACAGCAAACACAGAUGUGCGUAUCGGUGAGAAGAUAGACAGAAAGAUCCACAGGACUCCGAUGAUUCUGUUCAUCUGUUGAUCCAAACUGAUGGAGGUUUUAAACCAGCGGGACCGCUCGUACAGACACGCACAUAAGAGAAACUCAAUCAUGAGUUUUCGUUCUCGACGUAGUUUUCUCUUCCGUACUGUGCUGAAUGCGAACGUUUCUAUGGACAAAAACACAGAACAACACCUUUUCCUCCUCUUGGGUCACGUUGAUCUUGAUUAUAUAUUUUUUCCACAAUCUAUUUUUUUUAAAGCCUUUUAUGAAUUUUGCAUCCAACAAACUGGAGGUUCAGUGUGCUCCUCUGCUCUGUCUAUUCUGGCUUUAGCUCAUUAAUUGAAGAAGUCUCAGUGGUGGACUUCAGGUCAGUAGCACUCAACAUAAGCAUCUUUGCACAGUUACAGGAAGUCACAUAUGAAUGCUGGCAUUUUCAUGUGCCAAGAUUGUGUUGCAGAAUCAUCUUCUAGAUGUGAUGUUGUGUUGACUUAAACAAGUUUUAAUACAACAUGUUCUGUAUUUGCUUACUUUCUGGUCUAGAGGGGUUCCAGACCUUCACCCAAAACACAAAACCUGUCUGCUGGUUCAGAUCCUGCUUGUUUUGGCAGUUUUCACUCCCUGACAGCUGGGAACUCUGAGAUACUCACUCCGUUUAACAAACCUGUGUCCUGUUUCUUAAGCUUCACGAUAGAGGAAGGCCAAAAAACCCCAGAGCACUUCUCCAGCAGACACCUGGGUUGAGCCCAGCGUGCAUAUAACAUGUAAAUUGUCUGAAUAUUGAUUUUAUAUUGAAAAUGACAUAGGUGGCUUCUGUCCACUCAACUGCUUUUUGACUGCAAAGCUCAUCUCGUUAACUAACUCACGUUGUUCUGUGACUCGAUUUUUUAGAUGUUUUGUACUAAAUUAAUAUUUAUGUGUAUUUUAUACUGUUUUGUACUGUGGCUGUGUGUGUAGUUAAAUAAUUUAUUGUCACCGUCAUUGUAACCACAUCUAGCAGCAUACUCCUUUGCCAAUAAAUACUAUUUGGAAUAAUUA